GAAGAUGAAACUUGUCAAUAAAAUAUAUUCUAAUAGAUUAUAAAUAAUGUCAGCAACUUUAUUUUUAUCCAAAUCUUCUUAAAUCUUUGACGAAAUCUUAAAAUAAGCAAUUAAGUUAACAGUUGAGUAUUUACUAUGUCACAUUUACAGAUGGCAAAUGAGAAAUUCUAAUUACAUACAUGCUAAAGGAGACCUUUGACCCCUACUUUGUGCCCCCCACAUUACCAGAUGUUAAAAUGAAAUGAAAUCCACGUCCAUGGUCAUACAUGAAAGCCCAAUUUUAUCAAAGCUGGUUGCUUAAAUCAAAGUCUGACUUAAAAGUAUGUUUUUUUCCCUCCUGGAGAACCUGCGAGGCAUCUAUUUGCCAUUAACCCCCUGUGGUGCGCUACUCUGUCUGCGUGAGGUGAGGCCGGAGCGGAACCGGCCCUUCUCCUCUACGCACGGGGGCUUUGGCCAGCUCAAUUAGCGUGACACACUUUCCACGCUCGGCCACAGCGGAUUAUGUCCUGUGACUUCAGCGGCGCACUUUCCAGAAGCCGCUGCGCUCUGCGGGAAGCAGCUCCGUCCGUCCAGGUGACCAACAGGUGGGACAUGACCAUAGACGGGGACAUGGAGGGGUUCGUCCCCCAAAAGGAGAUAUUGUACAACGGCCUGCUGCCGUAUGCUGACAGACUGGACCGAGAGGCCACGGAGCUCCUUUCAGAGAUCAAAACCAACCUGUGCAGGGCGGUUCUCCUCAGGGAACUGUGGCCUGGAGUCGCUUUCUGGUCCAGGAAACUCUUCUCAUUCCUGAAGCUGUAUGGCCGGAGGUUCAGUAAGGACGACCACAUCCUCUUCAUCAAACUCCUCUACGAGUUGGUCACCCUCCCAAACCUGGAGCCAAAUAUGAUGCAGUGCUACGCCCGGCUGCUCAUUCAGCUCCUCAAGAAAAAGGAACUGCUAUCAAGGGAUGACCUGCAGUUGCCAUGGCGACCGCUCUAUGAUUUGUACGAAAGGGUCAUCUACUCCAAAACUGAGCAUCUGGGACUCAUCUGGUUCCCCAACUCAGUGGACCACAUUUUGAAGGCUUUAAUCAAAAGCUGCAGACUGUAUUUCCCUGCGACCUCUACACAGGAGAUGCUUGAUGAGUGGCGCCCCCUACUGUGUGUGUUUGACGUGGUGAUGCAGAAGGCCAUCAGCAACAUGGAGCUGUUCCUGCCCACCAUCAUGCCCCCCGAGGAACACAGCCAGGGCUUCCAGUUGUGGUUUCAUGAGCUGAUGAAUCUGUGGAUGGCCGUGCAGAAUCAGCCGAGCUGGGAAGGGCACCUUGUGAACCUGUUUGCUCGCCUGGCCAACGAUAACAUCGGCUAUGUGGACUGGACACCUUAUAUUCCCACAAUUUUUACCAGGAUUCUGCGCAGUUUGAACCUUCCAGUUGGAGUCAGUCAGAUUGUGGCUCCUCGAUAUCUUACCAACUCAUAUGACAUUGGAUAUUUGGUUUUAUGGAUAACAGCUCUUCUGGGUGGAGCAGGUAACCCUGCACAGAAAGAGCUGAGCUGUUUGUUUAACAGCAUUGCUUCCUUUUACCACCCGUCGAAUCACGGCCGCUGGCAGUCUCGACUCAUGCGGCUGCUUCAGCGUCUCCCGGUGAGUGUUGUGCGCCGCAUGCACAGGGAGCGCCACGCCGCAUCAAGCUGGAUCACAGUGGUGCCCGAAAGUCACAGGCUAAGUGAUGCAGACCUGCAGGAGUUCACCCGCAGCCUCACUGGAGCUGCCCUGCUGGCCAUGUUUAGUAAAACUGGCAGCACAGACGCAGCUUACGCCUUCCAGAACCUCGCCCUGCUCACGCCAGAACUGGUCAUUCCCCCUGUACUCGAAAAGACGUACGCUGCGAUGGAGACACUGACGGAGCCGCACACCCUCACUGCAACACUCAGCUGCAUGAUUGGCAUGGCACGGAGCCUUGUUUCCCCUAACAACCAUUACCCAGAGGGCCGUGCGCACGUGCUCCCACUGCUCAUGGGCUCUCUCCCAGGGAUUGACCCCAAUGACUUCAGCAAGUGCAUGAUUACGUUCCAGUUCAUCACCACCUUCACAACUCUGGUGCCUUUAGUGGAUUGUUCAUCUGCUCCCUCUCAACGUUCUGAUCUCACAGAGAUUGAAAAGGAUCUGUGUUUUGCCUCUGCUGGGUUUGAAGACUUUGUUCUGCAGUUCCUGGACAGGUGUUUCGCUCUGAUAGACAGCAGUACGUUGGAACAGACGAGAGAUGAGACGGAGACAGACACUCAGACUCAUCUGGAGAGUCUUGUGGAGCUGGGACUGUCCUCGACUGUGAGCACGAUCCUAACGCAGUGUUCCACAGAAAUCUACAAGGUUGCACUUCAGAAGCUAUAUAACUUUGCCACGUCCAGCAUUUUUGAGACGUGUGUUUCAGGUCGGAUGGUGGCUGACAUGUGCAGAGCUGCAGCAAAGUGUCAUCCUGCUGAGUCACUCCGUCUCUUCGUCCCUCACUGCUGCAGCGUCAUCUCUCACAUUACUGACAAUGAAGAACUGCAGAAUGAAGAGGAGCUGGACAAAGAGCUGCUGUGGAAUCUACAGCUCCUAUCAGAGGUAACCCGCGUGGAUGGGGAACAGUUGUUGAAAUACCAAGGGGACCUGGAGCGGAUCCUGUGCGUGUGUGUGCGCCUGCGCUGCAAGCGCGCGUACACUCUCGCCUGCAGUCUGCUGGAGCACACACUCCGGUCGCUGUCCCUCAUUUAUCCCACCGAGUACCGCAGCACCUCUGGAGGCUUUAAUACCGACCUCCCCAUUCGGGACUGGGGCAGAGCUGGAGAUGUGGCAAACCUGGGCGUGUGCUGGCACGUGCCCAGCCAAGACGAGGCGAACUUUGUCUUCCAGUUGUUGUCUCGUCUUCUGCGGCCUGAAUUGGAGCGAAUCAGACGGCAUGUCUCUGGAGAUCAGCCAAUGUCCAGGGAGGAGUUGUUGCAGAGUCUCGCUAUUGUGCAGCACUGCCUUCUGGGAGCUGGAAUCAUGCUGCCCCCUUUGGAUGGACCGCACGUACCAGACUUGGUGCCAUCCAUGGUCAAUCUGGGGGAGAUCAAGCUGCAUGUGGGCGUCGAGUACAAUGAUUCACAGGAGAACUACAGAGAGUCCAUCUGCCAAACUAUGAGACUGCUGCUUCAUCACAUCUUGGAGCACUCAGAAGACGACACAAAGUCCCUCUUUGUCAUCAUUAAGAUCAUCAGUGACCUCAUGUUUUUCCGUGGCACUCACAAAAAAGAAUUCGACUCACGUUGGAAAAGCUUCACUCUCGUCAAGAAGUCCAUGGAAAACAGGCUUCAUGGGAAAAAGCAGCACAUCAGAGCGCUGCUCAUUGAUCGGGUUUUACUCCAGCAUGAGAUGAGAAAGCUGGUGGUUGAAGGCAGUGAAUAUAAAGUGGUUCAUCAGGAGCUGCUGUGUGAUCUGUUGCUGCUGUCCACCAGCACAUACAGCCAGGUGCGGAGCAGAGCCCAGAACGUGCUGAUGAUUGCGAUGGGAACCUUUAGCUUCUCCUACAGGGACAUGAUGCCGCGCAUUAUCCAGCUGCUGUCGCCGCAACACACUACAGGCACACAGCAGCAGUUCAAGGGUGCUCUCUACUGCCUUCUCGGUGCACACUGCGGCUUCUCUGUGGCCAGUGUAAGGGACUGGGACUGCGUGGGGGAGGUGUGGCCCGCUCUGGUUCGCUGUGGUUUGUCUCCCUCGAUGACUCUGGAGAAGCCGUCCAUUGGGUGCUUGCUGGACGACAUCACAGACAGGAUCCACCGCCAGCAUGACACCAUCGGGAUCUUCUUCACUGUAUCUGAGAGUUGUGUCCAGAUAGCCAACCAAAUCGCACACCUUAAAAGCCCCAUGCCUUGUACAGAGAUACCCUCCAAAGAAGAGGUGAAGGAGGGGAUUCAACGCCAGCGAAUCAGAAACGUGGUUGCUGCACGAAAGUAUGAGAAGUUGGUCAAUGACCUCUUGGACUGCCUUGAAGACAGAGACUUGCCCUGGAAGUUUGAGCACAUGGCUACAGAUUUGUUGGCUCUCUUGCUGAGGGAUGAUCACCCGCUUCCCCCAGAUGCCGUCCUCUACUUCACACAGAGCCUUGUACAUGAUUCCAUCAGCAUACGCAAGGUUGCGAUUUCAGCAAUGGCUGGAAUCUUGAAGCAGCUGAAACGGCCAAGAAAGAAAGUGGCUGUGAAGCCGUCGGAUUUAAGUGGCAUCCUGGAUCCAGAGGGGGUGUGUGUAGGUGAUCGUGAGGCGAAUCGCUGGCUGCAGUAUGACAGCAACAACCUCCCCCUGAGUCAGGAGCAGUGGGACUCACUGCAGUACGUGGAGAAAACCCACUGGGGCUACUACUCCUGGCCGAGAGAAAUGAUGAUCUAUGCAGCUUCAGAAAAGCCACAAGAUGACCUGCCAUACGAGGAAAUGAGUGAGGGUGAAAAGAUCGUAUAUGAAUACUUCUCAGAUCCUGAGUUUAUUGACCAGUUGAUAGAGUUUCUGUCGUUGGAGGAGCGGAAAGGAAAAGACAGCUUCAACCCUCGCCGCUUUUGUCUCUUCAAGGGAUUGUUUCGUAACUAUGGCGACGUAUUCCUGCCGUUAUUGUGGCUUCACCUGGAGCGGCUUGCCAGUGACCCCCACGAGAGCUCACAGCGCUGUGUGUGUGAGAUUACUGCCGGUCUAAUCAGAGGUAGCAAGCACUGGAGCUUCAGCAAGCUGGAGAGGUUAUGGCGACUUUUGUGCCCUUUGAUCCGGACGGCGUUAGCCAACAUCACCGUGGAAACCUUCACAGACUGGGGCACAUGCAUCGCCACAGCUUGUGAAGGCAGAGACCCCAGGAAACUCCACUGGCUGUUUGAGCUGCUGAUGGAGAGUCCUCUCAGCGGAGAGAGCGGCUCAUUCAGGGAUGCCAGCUUGCUGUAUGUGCUUCAGGGAGGCCUGGCCCAGCAGCAGUGGAGGGUUUCUGAACUGCUGCACAGGCUGCUGGCUUAUCUGGAGCCUAAACUUACUCAGGUCUAUAAGAACGUCAGAGAGCGCAUUGGCAGUGUCCUGACCUAUAUCUUCAUGAUAGACGUGGCCCUGCCACACACCAGGCCCACAUAUUCCCCCCACGUGGCAGAAUUUGUCACUCGGGUCCUGGAGAGACUCAAGCCGCUCACAUCAGAGCCGGAGAUCCACAACCACGUCCACGAGGAGAACACCCAGGAGACAGAUGAGCGCACCCAGGCUGUCAAACUGCUCAAGACAGUGUUGAAGUGGCUGAUGGCGAGUGCUGGGCGAACUUUCACCACCCCUGUCCAGCAGCAGCUGCAGCUCCUGCCUCUGCUCUUCAAGAUUGCCCCAGUAGAGAUUGAUGAGAGCUAUGAUGAGAUGAAGCAGGAUGCGCGCACGUGUCUUUCUCUCAUGUCCCAGGGCUUGCUGUAUCCUGAGCACAUCCCUCUGGUUCUGUCAGCGUUGGAGGAGAUGACAGGUAGCAGAUCGUGGCACGCUCGCUUUUCGGUGCUGACCUUCCUCCAAAUCAUGGUUUUUUACAACCUAUUCACCGUGCUCAGCUUGCCCGCCGAGGUUCUGCGCGUCCAAAAGCUGGUAAUGCAGCUGCUGCUCGACGAACAGCUUGAGGUUAGGGACAUGGCGUGCACCACCCUCAGCGGUUUACUGCAGUGCCAGUUCAUCCCCCUGGACUCCAGUCUGCAGACUCAGCUCCAGACGCUGAGUCAGACCUGCCUCCCCAAGGCCAGAGGGGAGCUGGCCUCUACAGACUUGGUGCGGCGCCAUGCUGGAGUGCUCGGCCUGAGUGCGUGCAUUCUGUCGAGCCCCUAUGAUGUCCCGCUGUGGAUGCCUCAGAUACUGAUGGACCUGAGCGACCAUCUCAACGACCCGCAGCCUAUAGAGAUGACGGUGAAGAAGACUCUGUCGGAGUUCAGGCGCACUCACCAUGACAACUGGCAGGAACAUCGGCAGUGCUUCACUGACGACCAGCUGCUCGUGCUCACUAACCUGCUGGUGUCUCCCUGUUACUACGCCUAAAGGACCACCCACCUUGCCCUAUGCUGGCUGCCUGCGAGCUUCCAUACACAUAAAAAAACUCAAAAAAUUUGGUAACUCUGGGACUUCAUGGCCUUUAAAUGCAAAACAAUUUUGAGGUAAUCCAUUUCAUAUUGUGUUCACCAAGCUGCAGAGCAGCCUUAAAGCUAAAAAUAUAUUUAAGUUAUUCAGAACUUUCAACUUUUUAAUAAUCAUAUAGCAUUAAUUUAAAAAUAAAAACUAAAAAUCAAGACAUUAAAUGUCUACCAGUUAGAGUAUAACCAAAAAUGAUUAUAUUACUAUAUAAAAGUAUAUGAUCUAAUCUAAUAUUAUUAUUUAUAUAACACAUUUGUCUAAGUAUAUAUAACUAAAGUUAAUAAAAUUAAUAAAUACUGUAAUAACACAUUCCGACCACACAGAGCAAACAUGUACAAGAUAAAACUAUUUUCUUAAACUCCUGCUUCAUUUCUACACAGCAUUCUACCACAAAGGCUUCUUUUUGCAUGGAUAGGUUUUAGCUAAGUGCCAAAACACUGUAAAGUUGUUCCCGCUGCAGCCGAUAAACACCUGUAAAGAGUUUCAUUGUGUUUGUUUUAAAGGAAAAAUAAAAUCAGAUCAAGUUGUGGC